UCGGGAGGCUGAGGUGGGAGGAUGGUUUGAACCCAGUAGGUCGAGGCAGCAGUGAGCAGUGAGCAGUGGUCGGUGCCCACCGCACUCCAGCCUGAGCGAGACUGAUACCUUGUCUCAAAAAACAAAAACAAAACCAAAAAAAGCCGCAGGAGUUCUGGGGGAGAUUUCCCGCAGCCCAGUUUCGCCAGGGGCCCAGCAUCACCCCCUGGGCUCCGCCGCCCACUCAUGCCCUUCACCUGAGGUGAGCGCCCCCACCGCUCCACCCCUUCUCAUCCCGCGUCGCCGUCCCGCCUAUUUUCCCUCUCACACCCAUCUUUUGAACCGUCCCUUCACCUUUCAAUCAAUUCAAAUAUCGCAAGGAGAAAACCAAUCGCAAGCCUAAUUGAGUGGAAGGGGCGGGAUCUUCCACGGAAGUGUUGGUUAAAGCCCCUCCAAUCAGCGGCUCCGUGCGGAAAGUUUGAAUUUCGUGGAGGCUCGGGUUGUGAGGGUUCCUGCUUCGGAGUCGGCGGUGGUCGUCCAGAACGAGUGUUUUUUACUUUUUGUUUGGUUGAGGUUUCACGCCAGAAGGUGCCUCAGGAUGUCUUCAUCACAUUUUGCCAGUCGACACAGGAAGGAUUUAAGUACUGAAAUGAUUAGAACUAAAAUUGCUCAUAGGAAAUCACUGUCUCAGAAAGAAAACAGACAUAAGGAAUACGAACGAAAUAGACACUUUGGUUUGAAAGAUGUAAACAUUCCAACCUUGGAAGGUAGAAUUCUUCUUGAAUUAGAUGAGACUUCUCAAGAGCUUAUUCCAGAAAAGGCCAUCGUUAAGCCAAGGGCAAUGAAAACUAUUCUAGGUGAUCAACGAAAACAGAUGCUCCAAAAAUACAAAGAAGAAAAGCAGCUUCAAAAAUUGAAAGAGCAGAGAGAGAAAGCUAAACGAGGAAUAUUUAAAGUGGGUCGUUAUAGACCUGAUAUGCCUUGUUUUCUUUUAUCAAACCAGAAUGCUGUGAAAGCUGAGCCAAAAAAGGCUAUUCCAUCUUCUGUACGGAUUACAAGGUCAAAGGCCAAAGACCAAAUGGAGCAGACUAAGAUUGAUAAUGAGAGUGAUGUUCAAGCAAUCCAACCUGGUCAAAGACAAACUUCUGAAAAGAAAGUGUCAAACAAAGAGAAAAAAGUCGUGCAGCCUGUAAUGCCCAUGUCGUUGAGAAUGACUCGAUCAGCUACUCAAGCGGCAAAGCAGGUUCCCAGAACGGUCUCAUCUACCACAGCAAGAAAGCCAGUCACAAGAGCUGCUAAUGAAAACGAACCAGAAAGAAAGGUGCCAAGUAAUAAAGGAAGACCUGCCAAAAAUGUAGGAACAAAACCUGACAAGGGUAUUUCUUGUAAAGUCGACAGUGAAGAAAAUACUUUGAAUUCACAAACUAGUGCAACAAGUGGAAUGGAUCCAGAUGGAGUCUUAUCAAAAAUGGAAAACUUACCUGAGAUGAAUACUGCAAAAAUAAAAGGGAAGAAUUCCUUCGCACCUAAAGAUUUUAUGUUUCAGCCACUGGAUGGUCUGAAGACCUAUCAAGUAACACCUAUGACUCCCGGAAGUGCUAAUGCUUUUUUGACACCCAGUUACACCUGGACUCCUUUAAAAACAGAAGUUGAUGAGUCUCAAGAAGCAACAAAAGAAAUAUUGGCACAAAAAUGUAAAACUUACUCUACCAAGACAAUACAGCAAGAUUCAAAUAAAUUGCAAUGUCCUUUGGGUCCUCUAACAGUUUGGCAUGAAGAACAUGUUUUAAAUAAAAACGAAGCUACUACUAAAAAUUCAAAUGGCCUUCCGAUAAAAGAAGUCCCACCACUUGAAAGAAAUGAAGGUCAAAUAACUCAGCCCCACCAUGAUGUGCCAUAUUUCAGAAAUAUCCUCCAAUCAGAAACUGAGAAAUUAACUUCACAUUGCCUCGAGUGGGACAGGAAGCUUGAAUUGGACAUUCCAGAUGAUGCUAAAGAUCUUAUUCGCACAGCAGUUGGUCAAACAAGACUCCUUAUGAAGGAAAGGUUCAAACAGUUUGAAGGACUGGUUGGUGAUUGUGAAUAUAAACGAGGUGUAAAGGAGACUACCUGUACAGAUCUGGAUGGAUUUUGGGAUAUGAUUAGUUUUCAGAUAGAAGAUGUAAUCCACAAAUUCAACAAUCUGAUCAAACUUGAGGAAUCUGGGUGGCAAGUCAAUAAUAAUAUGAAUAAUAAUAUGAACAAAAAUGUCUUUAGGAAAAAAGUUGUCUCAGGUAUAGCGAGUAAACCAAAACAGGAUGAUGCUGGAAGAAUUGCAGCGAGAAAUCGCCUAGCUGCCAUAAAAAAUGCAAUGAGAGAGAGAAUUAAGCAGGAAGAACAUGCUGAAACAGCAGCCUCUGUGAUACCAAAAGAAGUUGAUAAAAUAGUAUUUGAUGCUGGAUUUUUCAGAGUUGAAAGUCCUAUUAAAGCAUUCUCAGGAAUUUCUGUCUCUUCUGAAGGCCCUUCUCAAAGACUUAGAACACCUAAGUCUGUCAGCAAAGCUGUAUCUCAGAGUAGAAGUGAGAUGGGCCUUCCACAACAAACAAUGUCACCAGAAAGUGCGGGUCCUCAGAAUACUAAAAGUGAACAUGUGAAGAAGACUUUGUUUUUGAAUAUUCCUGAAAGCAGGAACAGCAUAGUGGAAGAUGCUCAGUGUCCUGGAUUACCAGAUUUAAUUGAAGAAAACCAUGAUGUAAAUAAGACAAACUUGAAGGUGGAUUGUUUACCCAGUGAGGGAAUGAGUUUGCCUCUUCUUGCUGGUGGAGUAGCAGAUGAUAUUAAUACUAACAAAAAAGAAGGAAUUUCAGAUGUUGUGGAAGGAAUGGAACUGAAUUCUUCAAUUACAUCACAGGAUGUUUUGAUGAGUAGCCCUGAAAAAAAUACAGCUUCACAAAAUAGCAUCUUAGAAGAAGGGGAAACUAAAAUUUCUCAGUCAGUACUAUUUGAUAAAAGUCUCACUACUGAAUGCCACCUUCUUGAUUCGAUGGGAUCUUGCUAUGUUGCUCGGGCUGGUCUUGAAGUCCUGGGUUCAAGUGAUCCUACCACCUCAGCCUCCCGAGUAGCUGGGACUACAGCCAGGUCUACAGUGCAGUAAUCCAUUUACUCAGCUGGAGAGGAGACAUCAAGAGCAUGCCAGACACAUUUCUUUUGGUGGUAACCUGAUUACUUUUUCACCUCUACAAGGAGAAUUUUGAAUUUAAAAAUAAAUCCAUUUUCCUUCACAUUAUCAAUGCUUAUAUAUUCUUUAGACUAUUGAAAUUUUGGAGAAAAUGUAUUUGUGUUCACUUCUAUAGUAUCAUAUAAUGUUUUAAUACUCUGUUCAUCAAAGUGUAUUUUAGAUAUACUCUUUCUCAAGGGAAGUGGGGAUAUUUUGUACAUUUUCAACACAGAAUAAAAAAUAUACUGUGCCUUG